CACAAAUUUCCAACACGGACAGACGGAGACCGGGAUGGAUGGUGGACCCUACAUUUCUUCUUCAUUUUCAAGGCUGGAUGGGACCAAAAUUUAUCCUACGUGUCAUUAAAAAUUGUGGACGUGGCACACUUUACCUCUUCCGUUCCUUCCAAGGAAGCACAGUGCUAGAAAGAGAGAGAAAAAAGAACAUAGAAAAAUAAAAAAAAAAGAGGGGAAAAACAGAUCAGACUCUGUCUCUUCUCUCUCACGAGAACUCCAUGUUUUCUUCCCGUUGACCGCCGGCCGCUAAUCAAAUUCUCCUAUUUCCGCUCUUUCAGAUUAAAAAAAAAAAGAAAAUCAAACGUAUAAAUUAAUCAAUUCGCCAACUCUCUCUUUUCAAAUUUUUUGAGUUUCCAUUUGUUAGUCAGUCGAAAUCUUUGAAACAUCUGCGUCUUCCAAUCUUUACUUUGAAACCAUCUCUUCCGAUCCGAUCAUCCGUAUUCCAUCGAAGAAAUGGGAGGGAUGGAUGUUGAAGGAGGAAUAGCGAUUAAGUUAUGGAAAAAAUUUAGGAGCGAAUCGGUUUUUGUUAAUUACACUCCUUUCUUCGUUUGCUUAGCCGCCGGCAAUUUAAACGCCGACUCUUUUCAACACUAUAUCUCUCAACAUGUUCAUUUACUCCAUGCCUUUGCUCAAGCGUAUAAAUUAGCGGAGGAAUGUGCGGAUGAUGAGGAAGACAAGAAGGCAAUACGGAACUUAAGGAAACAUGUUCAGGACAAUCUUAAAUCACACGACUCUAAUGUCCGAGAAUGGGGCUUUGAACUCCCAGAAGAGAGCACCUCAACAAAUGCUACAGUCAAGUAUACAGAUUUUUUGUUGGCAACAGCCUCAGGUAGAAUUGAAGGAGAAAAAGUUCCUGGCAAAAUUGCAACCCCUUUUGAGAAGACAAAAGUUGCUGCUUAUACACUUGGCUCUAUUGCACCUUGCAUGAGGCUCUUUGCCUUUAUAAAUAAAGAGAUCCAACUUCUUCUAGAUCCUAAUGAUAGCAGCCACAUUUACAAGAAGUGGAUUGAUCAUUAUUGCUCUCAAAAUUUUGAGGCUUAUGCUUUUCGAAUUGAAGAGUUGCUGGAUACACUAAGCAUAUCUUUGACAGGCGAAGAGUUGGAUGUCAUAGAAAGGCUCUACCAUCAAUCUAUGAGACUGGAAGUAGAUUUUUUCUCUUCUCAACCAAUUAUACAGGAAGCAGUGGUCCCUUUGUCUCAGACAAUAGACCAUGCUGCGGGUGGCCAACUCACCAUAUUUUGUGACUUUGACUUGACUUGCACUGCUUUUGAUUCCUCCGCUAUUUUAGCGGAGAUUGCAAUCGUAACAAUGCAGAAGGCUGACCCUGAUGCAUCUGAAACCCAACUUACUCGGAUGUCAUCAGCUGAUUUGAGGAGCACAUGGAAUGCUCUUUCUACCCAGUAUUGUGAAGAGUUUGUACAGUGUGUAGAAAGCAUCACACCAACUGAGACAGCGAAAAGUUUCAGUUAUGAAGAUCUGUGUAAAGCCCUAGUGCAAUUUGCAGAUUUUGAGAAGAAGGCAAAUUCAAGAGUGGUUCAGUCAGGAGUACUUAAGGGUUUAAACCAAGAGGACAUAAAAAGGGCUGGCCAAUGUCUGAUCCUUCAAGAUGGUUGUAAAGGGUUUUUUCAGAAAAUCAUGAAAGCUGAAAAUCUCACCACUGCUGUACAUAUUCUUUCUUAUUGUUGGUGUGGGGAUCUUAUUCGUUCAGCUUUUUUGUCAGGGGAUCUAAAAGCUCUGAAUGUACACUCCAACGAGUUAGCUUGUGAAGAGUCCAUCACCACAGGAGAGAUCAUUAGGAAGUUAGAGUCUCCCCUGGAAAAGCUUCAAGCAUUCAAUGACAUAUUAAACAAUAGAGAUAAAGAUUGCCAUCAUUUGACGGUUUAUAUUGGAGGUUCAGUUGGUGACUUGCUCUGCUUGCUUGAAGCAGACAUAGGUAUCGUGAUGGGAUCAAGUCCCACCCUGAGAAAAUUGGGAGAACAGUUUGGCGUUUCUUUCAUGCCAUUGUUCCCUGGUUUGGUAGCCAAACAAAGAGAAGUGGUUGAAGUUGGCGCUUCUAAUUGGACAAAGCUUUCUGGCACUUUAUAUACAGUCUCUAGUUGGGAUGAGAUACAUGCAUUUUUUCUGGGUUCAUAAUCAUAAAACCCUCUCUCUGCUUCUGGUGGUAAUCAAGGGAAGCAAUUUUACUGUUGGAUAUACAUAAUCUCAAUUGUGGCUAAUUUUUCUCAGGGGCCACAGGUCAGCCCUGAUUCUUUUUUUCUUUCUUUAGGGACUGCCAUACAGAAAUAUAGAGCCUGCUAUCACAUGUACAAUUGUGUAGUUACUGAAUAAGUUGGUUGUGGAAUGUUUUCGCCUCUAGCUCCAUUUUCAGUUGUCUUUUGGGUUGCAUCUAAGCAAAAAUAGUUUCAAAUUUGCUGUAAUAUCAAGAUAAAUUUCCUUUACAACAGUCAACGGGAAUGAAUGAUUUAUUAUGCUAUCAGUUCUUUUUGUGGUUC